AUGGGUGUGGGCGGCCUGACUCAGUUUCUGCAGCGUCGCGGCCUGCUGCGCGAGGAGCCAAUCUCACGGUGUCGUCUGGUCAUUGACGGCCACAACCUGUUCUGGGUGCUGUUCGGACGAAUAGCAAAUGUCCCCGGAGGCGUCUGCCAGGAGUUUACCCGGCAACUGAAAACAUUCUUCCACGAUUUGAGGAGGUGUGACAUCUACCCUUUGGUGUUUCUGGAUGGCACCUCAGACUGUGACUGUCAUAAGCUUCCCAGCAUACUACAACGCAUGAAGUCAGAGAUAGAACGGCCAGUGCAGGGCAACAUUACUGCGGAGACUGCGGAGAAGAAGUCUUGCCCGCUGCUACUGAAAACGUUAUUCACUCAGGUUCUCAGAAAUUUGGGGAUACCGUUCGCCGAGUGUCUGUUUGAGGCCGACCUGCCGUGCGCCGCCAUGGCGCGGAGACUCGGCUGUGCGGUGAUGAGCAACGACUCCGACUUCUUUACGCUGGGAGUCACCUGUGUCCGGGUUCCGGUCCGGAGGGUGUCGAUCAAGCUCGGGGACCCGGACUCGGAUCACUCGUCCUCUUUCAUGACCUGCACGGUGUUUCGCCCGCAGAGGCUUCUCGAUGCAUAUCACAUCACCCAAGACAUGAUGUCGUUGGUGGCAGUGGUACCUGGCAAUGACCGGUUUCCGCUGCAAUCCUCCUGA